CCUCUGUUCCGCUUACCUUUCCUUCACCUUCUCGCGUUCUGUUUGUCUUCUUUCACCCUCUUUUGUCUUGCUCAAUUUAACUUUAUCUAUCUUCUCCACACUUCAUCUUCAUAUUGCUUCACUCGCUUCCCCUCUUAUCUAAAAGUCUACACCCUGCUUAUCCUCUCUCUUAUUGCAACUCAACUCAAAUCAUUCCUCGUUACAUUCUGACAAGAAAAUGGCAGAUUGGGGCCCAGUAGUUAUAGCCACAGUGUUGUUUGUGCUGCUGACUCCAGGGCUGCUGUUCCAGCUUCCUGGUAAAGGCAGAAUCGUGGAGUUUGUCAACAUGCAAACCAGUGGCCCCUCCAUCUUUGUUCACACCAUCCUAUACUUUGCACUCGUCACCGUCUUCCUUAUUGCUAUCGGCGUUCAUAUCUACACAGGGUAAUGUUAGCCCUUCUGUCACUAUUAAUCUAUGCCCCUUUUUUCACCUUGCUUGCUUGUUUUCAUCUCGGAUGAUUAAAUUCGUCAGUUUUUGUUACUGGAUAUCCGCAAAGAAAGAAGCUAGCCUUCAUACAUCGCAGUUCUGCUACAGUAGUACUGUCUUCAAAUUUUUUAUUUUAAAUUCUUCUUGAUUAUUGUUUCUCGAUUUGUGUAAAUUUAGGAUAUGUAUCUUUAUCUUUGAUAUGAGAUUGUGAUACAGUUUAUAUUGAGUACAUAUCCAGAUAAUAAUUAUAUUCUCUUA